AUGGUUAGAAAAAGUUCAGGUGGAGGUAAUUCUGUAGUUAAGGGUGGAGGGACGAUGCCCACAAAUGAAGAGUGUGGAAUCCGUGAUGUCUGGGGACACAAUCUUGAAGAAGAAUUUCGUACAAUUCGCCAGGUCGUUCAACAAUAUCCGUACGUUGCAAUGGACACUGAGUUUCCAGGCGUUGUCGCACGACCGAUAGGGGAAUUCAGAACAAGUGCUGAUUAUCAGUAUCAAUUACUCCGUUGCAAUGUUGAUUUAUUGCGGAUUAUUCAAUUAGGACUCACAUUUUUAAACGAAUCAGGUAACACACCGGGAGGUGGUUACACGACUUGGCAAUUUAAUUUUAAAUUUAAUCUGCAAUCCAGUUUUUCAACCCGAGGUUUUUAUUUAACCAGAGUUUGUAACGAUAUACCAACAUAUUUUAUUUAUUUAUUUUAUUUUGCUUUAUUUAAUAACCUAACAGCUUACACAGCCAAUAACAAGGUUAACAAAAUGAUACUGUACAGUAAUUCUAAGAUAAUUACAUUUUUAUUGUAUGGAAUUAUAAGAGAAGAUAUGUACGCUCAAGACAGUAUAGACAUGUUACAAAACAGUGGGAUUCAAUUUAAAAAACAUGAAGAAGAGGGUAUUGAUCCAUUGGAAUUUGCAGAAUUGUUGAUGACUUCAGGGAUUGUCUUGAUGGAUGACAUCAAAUGGCUCUCAUUUCAUUCUGGUUACGAUUUUGGCUAUUUAUUAAAACUACUUACUGACCAAAAUUUACCACAAGAGGAGAGUGAAUUUUUUGAGCUACUCAGGAUAUAUUUUCCAACAAUUUAUGAUGUUAAAUAUCUCAUGAAAUCGUGUAAAAACUUGAAAGGAGGAUUGCAAGAAGUUGCCGAGCAAUUAGAAUUACAACGAGUUGGUCCUCAACAUCAAGCAGGUUCUGAUUCACUUUUAACUGGAAUGGUAUUCUUCAAAAUGCGUGAGAUGUUCUUUGAAGAUAAUAUCGACGAUGCUAAAUACUGCGGACAUUUAUACGGCCUGGGCACGUCAUUUGUAGUAAAUGGAACUGGUGGUUAUCUUGAGAGUAACGGCGACAAUUCUUCAUCAUCAUAA